CUCUCUCUCCCUCUCACCAGAACAGAACUCAAAGACUCUACAUAGUUGUUAGAUCAUCAUCAAUCAUUCGGAGUCUUCACCACAAAUAUGGGAAUAUCCAUUUCAUCCCCAAAGAAGAAACAAAUCUUCAUACUUUCCGGCCAAAGCAACAUGUCCGGCCGCGGCGGCGUCACCAAAAACAACCACUGGGAUCACAUAAUCCCACCAGAAUGUUCCCCCGAUCCAACCCACAUCUUCCGUCUAAAUUCCCAUCUCAAAUGGGAAAUUGCCCAACCUCCUCUCCACGCCGACAUCGACACCAAAAAAACCUGCGGCAUAGGUCCCGGAAUGUCCUUCGCCAACUCAAUCUCCAAUUCCGACACAAUCGGCCUCGUCCCAUGCGCCGUCGGCGGCACCGCCAUCAAAGAAUGGUCACGCGGGUCUCGCCUGUAUCAGAACAUGAUAAAGAGAGCAAAAUUCGCAGCCAAAGAAGGCGAGAUCAAGGCGUUGAUUUGGUAUCAAGGGGAGAGUGAUACUUCGAAGCUUCACGAUGCGGAGUGUUAUGGAUCGAAGAUGAAGAAGUUGAUUGAAAAUGUACGAUUAGAUCUGGGAUCGCCAUCGCUGCCGGUGAUUCAUGUGGCGAUUGCGACUGGAGGAUAUGAUAAGUAUAUAGAGAUAGUGAGAGAGGCGCAGAAGGGUUUGGAUUUGAUGAACGUUGUUUGCGUUGAUGCUAAAGGACUUCCUGUGAAAGAAGAUAACCUGCAUCUUACGACGGAGGGACAAGUUAAGUUGGGUCUUAUGUUGGGUCAGGCUUAUCUAAAGAAUUUUGAUUCUUUUAAUGAAGGCCCAAAUAUACCACCCUCUCUUUGUUGUUCUCUAUUCAAGUGUUUUUAACCUUUUUACAUUAUAAUAUAUUUUAAUUUUAUAUUAAAAAAUGUGUUUUUGUUAAUGUUUCUUUAUAUAUAAAAUAAAUAUUGUUUAAUAA